UCGUUGCAUCUUUUGUCACAGAUAGACGCAGAUCGCUGGGGCGUCCAGCAGACACUCAAUUGUUAUUUUUUGUUAUUCCAAACCAUUCAAAAACGAAAUCAUUUUCAAAAGAAAAUCAAAAUGUUGUUAUCGGGUCUACCGCCGUUGGUCGUUUUCAGUGUCGUAUUAAUCAUCAUUACCGGAACUAGUGCGUUCGACAAUAGUGAGGAUGAAGUUAUUGAACAGGAUCGUCACCAUGAUGACUACGCGUCGCAACCUUCUUAUUUCAUCCGCACCAGCAUCCAUCCGUUCAAACGCUACUGGAUGAAUCGACCACCAACUUUCGCCGAAAGUCGAAGCAGCGAAGGUGAAAUCAUCGAAGCCUCUGCUGAAGAAAGAGCCCGGAUGUUGAACAGAUUCAAACCUUCCAACAAACGAGUAGUCCCUAUCGUUGAUUCCGGUGAUGACGAUCUGCUAUCGAGUCGUUUCCUCACUCGGAUCCAAUCCAAGAGCAACAAGAAUAAAAAGAACGGCAACAGCAACGCGCCCAGCUUUUUCGCCCGGAUGAGAAACAUGAAUCCGCUGUCGACUUUUAUGCCGUGCGAGGCCACGACCGGCAAAGAAGGCGGAGUCUGCCUACCGUCGCCCGUCUGCUCCUUUUACGGCGGCCGGGCCGUCGAUGGCGAUUGCAACAUGGCCUCUUCCUGCUGCAUCAACGAGGUGGAAAAGUGCGGAGCGCUGGUGACGCUCAACAACACUUAUUGGCAAGCGCCGGCCGCUGUGAGUUCGGGCAGCAGUUGCGGGUUGACGGUCAAGCUGGACGAGAACCUGGUCGAGCAGAAGAAGACCAUCUGCCAGAUAAGACUGGAUUUCAUCUCCUUUUUGAUCGAGCAACCCAACGAGCAGUCCGUCUGCAGUGUGGACAGUUUCCAAGUGGCCGGCGCCAUCAAUAAAGUGCCCGUCAUUUGCGGUGACAACGACGGACAACACAUGUAUUUGACGCUCCCGCGUGACGCCACCAGCGCCCAGUUAAUUAUGACGUUCGGCACUUCGACCAUCCCUCGCUUCUGGCGAAUCAAGAUCGCCAUGCUGCCCUGCGAUUCAGAUUAUUUGGCCCCGGAUGAGUGCCUGCAGUAUUUCACGUCGACGGUCGGCUCGAUCGUCACAUUCAACUGGAAGGACACCACCUCGAGGACCACACGUCAACUGGCCAAUCAGGAUUAUUACAUGUGUUUCAGGACAGAAUUGGUGCACAGACAAGCGGCCAGCGCCCAGGUAGCGACGACAUUGUGUCUCUCACAUUGUCAAGUGUCCAGCGGCUUACCAUUCAGCCUGUCGGGCGAUGCUGAGCCGCCGACUAGCCAAUCGAUUGGCGAUGAGUCGUGCAGCAACGACUACAUCGUCUUCCCUGGCGGAUACAGUUUCCCGCCGACCGUUCCGGUCAAGCAGCGGGAUCGUUUCUGCGGAUCCAUUCUGUCGCAGGCCGAAUCAGGCACCUUGCCCCAAACGAUUUGCAGUUCAGCCAAGCCGUUCCGGUUGCUCUACCGGACAAACAGCGACGAAACGUUAACUCCGGCGACGGAUCCUAAUCCGCUUUUGGGCAAUCAAGGAUUCUGUUUAAAAUACGAGCAAAGGUUAUCCUAGGAAAUGAGAUAGCCGCGCGGGAAAUUUGAAAUCGUUAAUUAUUUAAAAAAUAUUAUUUGAUCGCCAAGGAUGAGAAGCUAUUCAAUCACACCAACCCUCACGUAUAUCGAGCGCGUUA